AUGAAUACUCCCAGAAUGAUCAUAUUCUACCUUUUCCUGCUUGCUUCCUUCGGCACCCGCAACGUGAACGGAGCAACCUACACAGUUGGAGACAGUUAUGGAUGGACGCUCUUCAUCAAUUCCAGUAACUGGGCUCAAGGAAAAGAAUUCCACGUUGGCGACAUCCUUGUGUUCAACUAUGAAAAAGGCUUUCACAACGUAAUGCAGGUGAACACAACUGCAUAUGAACAUUGCAUAAAGGACCCAAACAUGGGGCUGUUCACUAGUGGCGGCGACUCAUUACCACUUGCAGAGGUCGGUCAAAUGUCAUAUAUAUGUGGUGUGGAUGAUCACUGUGAAAAUGGACAGAAGCUCAGCAUCAAUGUGGUUCCCUGAAUAAAGUGGAUUGUGUCCAUCUUACUAUUUAGAUGUUCAGAAUAAAGAAAAUGCUAUCUGUUCUCGCUUUUAAUAAAUUACAUAAGGCAUUA